UUUUGCAAAAAGUGAUUUAUUUUGUUAGUGUUUUUGGUUUAUUAAAUGUAUUCUUGCCAUGAGCGAUGGCGUGGGGUAACGAGUUAUGCACGUUCACAUCUAAUAGCUUUGAAUUUUCAGUAGAAUGUACUAAAAUACUGAAAUAACAUCGGAGAUGUAAUUAUUUUAAGGGGCUUAAUGUGGUUGUAAUCUGAAUAUUACUUAAUUACGUCGUGUAACGAUUUUUAGUUUCUUGGGAGCUCAGUUCUCGUAUUUACCAAGUAUAAUUACCAAAUCUUCAGCUUGUUCUUGUUAGAAAUUUUCUAAACGAUGCUUCUUUACAGGUGAACGUACCUAAACAGAGGCGUACUUACUGCAAAAAAUGUAAGAAACAUAAGCCCCAUAAGGUCACCCAGUACAAGAAGUCUAAGGAAAGACAGGCAUCCCAAGGCAGACGAAGAUACGACCGCAAACAGCAAGGUUUCGGUGGACAGACGAAGCCCAUCUUUAGGAAAAAGGCUAAAACCACCAAGAAAAUCGUGCUCAGAAUGGAAUGCUCAGAAUGCAAGUACAGAAAGCAAGUGCCCCUUAAGCGCUGCAAACAUUUUGAACUUGGAGGUGACAAGAAACGCAAGGGCCAGAUGAUCCAGUUCUAAGAAUUGUAUAAUAUCCAUUGCUUCAAAAAUAAAUGAAAAAUGUUUCUAAAAGGUUUUUCUUUUUCUUGUGCAUGCCAAGUACCUUGCUUUUUGUUUAUGGAACUGAUUUAAAGGAUAUUUUUUCCAACAGUGGUAAAAUCCUAAUUUUUUUGUGUAAAUGAAAACAUUUGGAUAAAUAUUGUUGUAAUAAACUGUUUUGCACUUCCGUAUUGAAAUAAUUUGUUACAGCCAUGUUAUUCCUUUAUGGUGAUGUUGCAAAGAUCACUCUAGAUCUUUUUGAAAAAUUGUUGAAAGUUGGUGCAACUAUGAAACGAUGUAUUAUUCAUUAAUAUAAAGAAAACACAUCUUUUACUUUUUUCAUGGGACCCUAGUAAAAAUGGUGUACAUUGGGGGAAGUGUAAAUAAGGGGAAAUGCCUUUUUUCUUCAAAACUAUGAGUAUAGUAAAAUGUAUUUAGGUACAACCAAUUUUAUAAUAUGCUUUAAUAUGCAAUAUUACACAUAACAAAUAAUAGUACAUGGUCCAAUAGAAAUCGGAGAAUUUGUGACAUUGGAAAUCGAUGUAUUAACUGAAGCAAAGUGAAUUUUAAAUGUUGCAAUGACACUUCCACAAGUCCCUGCCAUCCACUUAUGGAAGUCUUUGACAAUGCAACAAUGUACUUGUUGGUUGAAGGGAAAUGGUAUUUGUACACAAAGAAAAAAGCAAAAAAACAAACUGAACUUUACAUUUUUCCCAACUCAAAAAAAUACAUUUUUCGGCAGUUCAUAUCGAUUUCCAACUAACUAUUAUUUAAAUAUAUUUAUGAAAUAAUAGAAAGGUUCAGGAAACAAAUUUACAGUUAAAAAUGUACGGAGGAUUCCAUACUCUGAUGUUUGAGCUAGUAAAGGAUGGGGAGAAAUUACUAUUUCUGAAUGAGAAAGUGUGAAGCUGUGAGUGAGGAUGAUAUAAAAUUAUCGUGAGGUUCUCUCUCUUAAGCCUGUCACGUGAUGUUGCAUUAAUGUGCGUCACCUAAUGCUGAUGACGUCACAACAGGUGGUGUUGAUUCACACUAUCUAAUGCAAAAUGGCACACAAGGCUCUUGACAUGAGUAGUGCCCACAGCUCAAGCUACAACUUUUAAGUUUUCUAGCUUUCAAAGCUCGAUGCCCACUAGGCGACUAGUGUUGACAACAAUUCAUGUCACCAAGAGCACUCGUGUGUCAUUUUGCAAAAGAUACUGUUAAUCUACCAUGCACUUAAUGGAUUCGUGUGUGCAGGCAUUGGCACAGCUGGCGUCAUGAGCGUUAAGUGAUGCCAGACAAUGCACCGCUUGUGGGGCAAAGACCUUGUGUUCUUCUACCAACACAUAUCAGUCAAUUUUUCUACUUUUUAAAUACCUCUGUAAUGUCAUGAAAUGAAAAUUUGUGUAGAUGUAGCUGCUCAAUAACGAUUUUCACUGUAUUUAAAUUUUCUAGUUGUCUUGUAACAUUUCAUAACUCUGCAAUAUUGCACCAUUUCAACAGCCUUUCUGAUAUGGCUAUCGUGCAUUGUGCAUGAUGCAAAGUGCUUUCCAGAUGUUGUGGCAAGCAAACUUGUAAAUUGCAGGAAAAUCGAAAUUAAACCAUCUUAAAUGUGGGGUAUUUAUAACACGAAUAUUGAUGGGACCAACAAGAAAUGUAAAUGCUGGGAAAACGUUAAUUACGGGAACGCAGGUUUACUGUAAUAUCGACAUGUUUUGGAAUUAAACUAUUGUUAAUCUCAGAUACACACGUGGAUGCAUUCACAUUGAAAAUUGGACGAGUAGAGAUCCUAUAGUGAAAAAUGAUUCAUAAUGUUCAGUUGAAAAUGGGGGUUGAAGAACAUCAAUGUGUUCUGUUGUAGCUGGUAAGUUGUGAACAAUUCCUUGGUGUUACUUGUGAAAGAUGGUCUUAGAAGCUCAUUCUCACCCAUCAUAGAAUUUUCUAGACUUUAGUUAUCAGAAGACUUUGUCAUUUGAGAUUUCUGUUGUGACUCAAAUUUUUGAAUUACAGGAAAUAUGGUCGAUUAGUGUGCUAAUCCUUCAGUGCAGGAAAAUUACCAUUAUUUAUAUGGUAAACUAGCCCCUCAUGCACGUCGCUUAAAUUUUGCUACUUUCCACUUUAAGGGUUUCAGAGGGCCAAUCGAAACAAUACACUGGUUUGGGGUUGGAUUGAAGUAAUGAAUGGAAUGUUUUUAUUAUUAAAUAAACUUGUAAAUUAACCUUUAAUACAUUAUGCAUUUUGCACAUUUGAUUUUCAGUAAUUUAGAAUCUUGUUUUUUGAAUGUUCUUUGCAAAAAUUGUUUUUUCAAUCACAGAAAAGUGAUGACGUAAAUAUAAUUUACAAUAAUUUUAUAUUCCUAUGUAUCUCAAAAACUUGAAUAUGUUUUAUGGAUAUUAAGAUAUCUCGCUCGUUUGAAAUAAUUUGUCUGCCAGUUUCUUAAAAUAUAUACUUUUCUCCAU